GCCGACAGAUAACUGCUCAGUCCGCUGCAGACAGCCUCCCCUCCACCAUGCCGUCUCCGAUCCCCGUGACCCGCCUGCUGCCCAAAGACAUGUUCCCCUGCCUGGACAUCGGGACCUGCAGCAGUCCGCUCACCAAGUACUCCCUCGGGACCACGUUGCAAGUCCCCGUUCAGAGGCUCCACGGCAAGAUUGCCAGCCGGCUCUGGUCCACUGUGAUUCACUGGAAGGAAGUGCGCUCCCUGCUGCCUGUGGGCUCCGGAGGGUUCGGCUCCGUCUACAAGGCCGAGUACCUCGGGGAGACCGUGGCGCUGAAGAGGGUCAAGAAGUGCACGAAGAACAAGCUGGCCUCCCGGCAGAGCUUCUGGGCCGAGCUGAACGCCGCACACCUGCGCCACAGGAACAUCGUGCGCGUCAUCGCGGCGACCACCUGCGUGCCGCCGGAUUUCGGAGACGAAGGCAGCAUCGGAACAAUACUCAUGGAGUUUGUGGGGGACGAAAACCUGCAGCAGAUAAUUUCCGGGUGUGUGGAGCCGCUGGGCGAGGACCGGUGGCUCAGGUACGCCACGGACAUCGCACGCGGCUUGCGGUUCCUCCACUCCCACUGCGUGGUGCAUCUGGACAUCAAACCAGCCAACGUGUUGGUGUCCAGUGAAGACGUCUGUAAAAUUGCGGAUUUCGGCUGUUCUCUGAAACUGGACCAUGGCUGUGAAGUCAGCGCGAUCAGCCCCCACGUGAGCCAUGUGGGCGGCACGUACACGCACAGAGCUCCGGAGCUGCUGAAGGGCGAGGGGCUGUCUCCUAAAGCGGACAUCUUUUCUUUCGGGAUCACCUUGUGGCAGCUGAUCACCAGAGAGCAGCCCUACACCGGCGACAGGCAGCACGUGCUCUACGCGGUUGUGGCGCACAACCUGCGCCCGUCUGUUCAGGAUCAUCCGGUGUUCCGGUCGGAGCAGGGCCGGCUGUGCAGCACCGCGCUGAGCCGGUGCUGGAGCGCAGAGGGCCGCAGCAGACCCAGCGCCGAGGAGCUGCUGCCGCUCCUGGAGACGCUGCGCUCCCCGCUGUGACUGCGCUGUGUACCGGGUGGCCGGUGAAGCUUCUCCACGGUUCUGCUCUGCAGGGUCAGCUUUCCAGGAUGAAGCCGUGGACUGCGCUCUGCUCACCUGGACGCCCGAAGCGGGUUAGAAAAGCAACCAGAAUGUGCCUUACGAACCACGACUGUGGUUCUGCUGGAACCCACUGGUAAUAGAACCAGCAUUGACUCUUAAGAAAACACCCGCAGGCUGAUGUCAAAGAAAACUGACUUUUUAAAACUACUUUGUAGAUUCCAUGUUGGUUAAAGUGAAGGCUACAAUGAGCAAACCUCUAAAUGCAAACAUGUUUUAAAGUGAAUUCAGUCCUGGGUAACACAUCAUUGGGCUGGGCAUCUCAAAGGAGCCACACCAGGUUACUGGAGUUUGUUUUAGUAAUCUUUCUUAAAAUAUGCAAUCAAGAUGUGUUGUGAACUGAGUUGUAUCGUGAUAUUUAAGUGUGAUGGUUUUCAUUAAAAUUAUUUUUAUACUGUG